CAUAUGUAUUACUCAUUCUUAGGGAGACGACAAUCAAUUUCGAUCGGUGUUGUGUGAAUAAUAUUAUGCACGUGUGUUUAUACGUAAAGUAUAGUGUUAUAGUCUGAUUUAUAAGGUUUAUAAGCUGAUAGAAGUAAUACAUUAUUUCCCAAAUAAAUUAAUAACUAAUGUAUUAAUUUAGCUCAGAAAAUGGUGAGACAUAAUAACCAAUUACCAGAAAAUCUUCCACAAUUGCAAAACCUUAUCAAACGUGAUUCUGAAUCUUACAAAGAAGAAUUUCUUCAACAGCAUCAGCAUUAUAAAUCAAUUUUAGAUGUGUUUCGCCUAGCGCCAAACAAAUUUAAUAAAAGCCUCGAUGAAAUAGUCAUCUUUUUAGCACAGGUGGCGCAUUGUUACCCAGAUAUUCUACGAUCGUUCCCUCAAGAAAUAAUCGAUUUACUGCAGACAUAUAAUACAGUACUUGAUAAUGAAAUGCGAUUAACAUUUUGUAAAGCUUUAAUUCAAUUACGUAACAAAUCUCUUUUGGAACCUACUAUACUUCUCAAUUUAUUCUUUCAAUUGUUAAGAUGUCAGGAUAAAAAUCUGAGAGAAUUCUUAGAAACACACAUUAUUACCGAUAUCAAAAAUAUUAAUGCCAAACAAAAGAAUGCAAAAGUUAAUACAGUUUUACAAAAUUUUAUGUUUUCAAUGUUAAAAGACUCGAAUGUUAGAGCUGCGAAAAUGUCUGCGGAUAUCAUGAUAGAAUUGUACAAUAAAAAUAUUUGGAACGAUGCAAAAACUGUGAAUGUCUUGGCAACAGGAUGUUUUGCUAAAACAACUAAAGUUAUGGUUACUUGCUUGAAGUUUUUUGUGGGAACCGAUGUAGAAGAUCAGAAAAGUGACGAUAGCGAUAGCGACAGCGAACCAAAUAUUAAAGAAAUUGCAAUGGCUAAUAGAGUAAAUAAAAAAACAAAAAAACGGGAGAAACAGUUAGCUAAAGCAAAACAGCUAUUAGCGAAAUCUAAAAAGAAAGCGAGAAAAGCGCCGAGUUUCAAUUUCUCGGCGUUACAUUUAAUUCAUGAUCCCCAGGAUUUUGCGGAAAAACUGUUCAAACAAUUAGAAAAAAAUAAUGAUAGAUUCGAAAUUAAGCUACUUACUUUGGAUGUAAUUUCUAGACUCAUUGGGUUGCACAAUUUGUUUUUAUUGAACUUUUAUCCUUACCUUCAAAGAUUUCUACAACCGCAUCAAAGAGAAGUAACAAAACUGCUGCAAUUCAUCGCUCAAUCUUCUCACGAGCUUGUGCCGCCUGACGUAUUAGAACCUGUUUUAAAAACUUUGGCAAACAAUUUUGUUACAGAGCGAAAUUCCGCCGACGUUAUGGCUAUCGGCCUAAACGCUAUUCGAGAAAUAUGCACUCGAUGUCCUUUAGUUAUGAAUGCAGAUUUAUUGCAAGAUUUAGUACGAUAUAAGCAUUAUAAAGAACGCAGUGUAAUGAUGGCUGCGCGGUCUUUAAUUGCUUUAUUCCGAAAUACGGCACCAGAACUGUUGCAUAGAAAGGAUAGAGGACGACCUACGGAAGCAACUGUUACUUUAGAACUACAAAAAUAUGGCCAAAUAUCUGCCGUUGAUUUCGUACCAGGAGCAGAUGUUUUACUUGAUAAUAAAUUUCACGAGUCUCAAGAUAUUUCUAAGAUUAACAUUGAAAGCGACGAUAGUGAUGACGAAUGGGUUGAUGUGAACCAUACCAGUGAUGAAGAUAACGAUAAUAACGAUGAUAAUGAUGAUAAUGAAGAAGAGGAGGAGGAGGAAGAAGAAGAAGAGGAAGACGAAGAUAGGAAAAUGGGGAAGAAAGAGGAAGACAAGAAUUCUUUUAUAGAGCUUAAUGUGCAAAGCGAUAAUAAAGAUGGACUGAUAGAAACCAUUGGAAAUGUAGAUGACGUUGUAAACGAAAGUAAUACAUCAGAAAUAAAUAAUAUGGGUGUAGCAGAUAUUCAGGAUAUUAUAAACCCAAAUAAAAAGAAGCAACCUAGUAAGUUAACAAAAAAUGAGAGAAAAAGAUUAAAGAAACAAAAUGAUGCACCGUCGAAAAACAAAGAAAUAAUUAUGACAGAGAAAAAAGAAAAGGCAUCCGCGAUAUCGAUUCAACGUUUAUUAACUGAUGAAGAUUUUAUAAAAAUCGAUAACGCAUUAGCGAAACAACAAAUUACGUACGCUAAACGAGGCUUGAAGAGAUCACGUCCUAACGAUAAUGAACGUAGCGAUUUUGUUAAGUUAACUGAUAUAGAAAAUAUCUAUAAAAAACGAAAACAUGACAAACAGGCACGCAUCGAGUCAGUGAAGAAAGGACAAGAAGGAAGGGAAAAAUUUGGUUAUAAAGAUGGACGACAAAAUCUACUUUGCAGUAAAACGAAUCGUGAAAAGAAAAAAACUAAAGCUUUUCAGAUGUUAAAACAUAAAGUUAAAGGAAAAGUGAAACGUUCUUUUAAGGAGAAACAAAUUGCUCUGAGAAAUCAUUUAUUAAAGCAGAAAAGAAUGAAAUAGUUUCGGAUAUGUACUUGUCUAAAUGUUUUCUUACAAAUAACUAAAAUUUACAUUGUUUAUAUUACCGAUGAACGUGAAUGUGACAUAAAAUAUUGUUAUAUUUUUAUAAAAAUUCUAUAACUGUUUACAUAUAAUCCCGACCUGAAUGAAUACUAUGUCGUUAUCUUGCGAUUUUUUCGCUAGUAGACUGCAAUGGAAAAGCGUUACACAUGAUUGCACAAUAAGAAACGGUUUAGCACGGUACAAGUAGCAUAAAAGUAAAAAAUAAUACCGUGCGAGAUGAACUCAAAGACAUUCGAGUUCAAUAAACAUUUUAAAAAGUUUUUACUCGAUGUAUUAGAGUUUACUGAUUUGUAAUUUUUUGUUGCAUGAAAUGUUUCUUUGUAAUUUAUACCAUUGCAGCUUCGUUAACGGCACUCAAAUUAUUACUAGUUUCGUGACCUAACGUUUUAAUAAAUCAAAUUUCACAUU